AGCUCUACGUGGGGACGGCGGACUUUUCUGGGGCCCAGGUGAGAAAGGCCCACCUGAGUCCUGGGAAUUCUGAAAUCGUGGAUCACCCAUAUAUACUUUGAGAACAUGCUUUAAGUGUUUUUUUUUUUUUUUUUUUUUUUUCUGGAAGCCUUACACCUGCCCUAAAAAUUGAAUGUAUUGUAGAACAGACCUAUGGCCAAUGGUGGCAGAGUCUGCAUAGAACUAUGCUUCGUGGUGUUCUGGGAAAAACCUUUCGACUUGUUGGCUAUACUAUCCAGUAUGGCUGUAUAGCUCAUUGUGCUUUUGAAUAUGUUGGUGGUGUUGUCAUGUGUUCUGGACCAUCAAUGGAGCCUACAAUCCAAAAUUCAGAUGUUGUCUUUGCAGAAAAUCUUAGUCGACAUUUCUAUGGUAUCCAAAGAGGUGACAUUGUGAUUGCAAAAAGCCCAAGUGAUCCAAAAUCAAACAUUUGUAAAAGAGUAAUUGGUUUGGAAGGAGACAAAAUCCUCACCAAUAGUCCGUCAGAUUUCUUUAAAAGCCAUAGUUAUGUGCCAACAGGUCAUGUGUGGUUAGAAGGUGAUAAUCUACAGAAUUCUACAGAUUCCAGGUAUUAUGGACCUAUUCCAUAUGGACUAAUAAGAGGACGUAUCUUUUUCAAGAUUUGGCCUCUGAGUGAUAUUGGAUUUCUGCGUGACAGCCCUAAUGGCCACAGAUUUUCUGACGAUUAGCAAGCAUUUAUUCUUUUGAUUUCAUUCUCCCCUAUUCAAGUGAAUUUAUCAUUGCCACUGAAACCAUGUACCUACUAAUAAACUAUUUGCUAUUUA